AUGGAAAAAUUUGACUGCAGCCCCCAGAAAUAUGCGUCAUUUCCCCACUGGAUUCGGCGGCAGAUGUUUGAACAGCCCCGACCGAUAUCCGACGUCGACCUGACAGGAAAGGUAGCAAUCGUGACUGGGGCUAACCAGGGCAUCGGUUUCGAGGUUGCCGAUCAACUCCUCUCUCUGAAAGUCGGCAAGCUCAUCAUAGGCGCGCGGAAUGAGAACAAGGGAAAAUCUGCGGCGGAUCUGCUGGUGGCCAAGCACAAGUUAUCGCCCGGCUCUAUCGAGGUGUGGAAGCUGGACAUGCUAGAUUAUGCCACGAUCACGAAGUUCGCUGAGCGGGCCAGCCAGCUCGAGAAUCUCGACAUUGCCGUGCUCAACGCUGGAAUUUUCAGGAAGGAUAUGAUCAUCAGCGAGCUGACGGGCCACGAGGAAGAUAUCCAGACCAACUACCUAUCCACUGUGCUACUAACACUCCUCCUUCUGCCUACCCUCGAAUCCAAGAAGCGGGCGUCCAAUCUACCGGGGCGAUUGACCAUUGUCUCCUCCGACAUGUCUGGCAUGACCAAGUUCGCUGAGCAGGACGGCGACCCGCUCCUGGCUACCCUUGAUAAGCGAGAUGCCUAUAAGUGGGAUGCGUUUGAACGCUACGGCACUUCAAAGCUACUGGGGCAGCUUUUCCUGGCUGAACUGGCAACGCACGUCUCGCCAUCGGCCGUGUUAAUUAACGCGGCCAACCCCGGCCUCUGCCACGGGUCCGGCCUAAGCAGGGAUGUUGAAGGGGAAGGGAUUGCAUAUAGGGCUGCCAUGGGGCUCUACUUUCACAUCUUGGGCCGCAAGCCCGCAGUCGGUGCCCACGUCGUGUUGAAUGCCGCCCUCAAGCAAGGCGAGGAGUCGCAUGGUCAAGCCAUCGACGGCAACAAGAUCAGACCGAUGGGGCCGUUUGUUUACUCGCCCAAAGCAGCGGAGGUCACUCGCCGGCUAUGGAAGGAGACAAUGAAGGAGCUCUCAUUUGCCAACAUUGAAAUCGGCGGGCGAGUCUAG